AAGUACAGCGGUUGCAUACAGCCAUGAUAAAAGGGAGGCGAAGGCCCAUUCCGCCAUUUUCUUUUCGUGGAGGUUGGGCUCGCGUGCUUCUCUGCGCUGUGGUCAUCAUGGACCGGAAGCGUGUGUGGCGCGCCUGCCUUGAGGCCAGCAUCAGGGAAGGGUGUCCCAGGUGCAGAGGAAGCGUCCUUCACGUGUUCCUGGAGGACUUUCGGCUCGCAAGCGCUUCUCCAUUCUCCCAAUGUCUCGGGCCUGCUCUAGUCCAGAGGAGAAAAGAAUAAUAAAUAUCACACUAAACACCAUGGAAUACUUCUCAAGUCACCAAAGAGAUGGAACUGGACAGAAUACUUCUGUCCAUAAGGCCCUUAGAAGCCCCCUAAGCGAAAUACCAAUGAGGACCUCCCCAGCAGCUGCUGUCUCUCCUGCCAGAGGCAUCUGGCUUAGAGCAGUGUGCGGUCGGCCAGCAAAGGGAUGACUCAAUGCUUGGACCUUCCUGACCUUCCCCUUACAGAUCUUCGAAAGGGAAGGACCUAGGAACUGAAGCCAGACCCCCACCUCUGCAAGAGUUCCUUGCUGGAGUCACUCAGCAGACCCCCACUCUCUGGACUUUGGGGACAUGAGACUGCUGAGCACCUCCACCAGAGGGAAAGUGGAAGUGGCCCCAAGAAAGAGGGAACCACGAAGCAGUUUCAGUGUGGAAAGAAGAAACCCUCUGGUGGCCUUGGCCUGGGAAUAUGGCGGUUUCAAGUGCAAUGCUGUACUGAAAUGGUACCAGAAGAAGACAGAAGGUUACAUGGUAUCGAAAGUCAACCUGCUGCCCACCCGCAUUCACAGCAGCACUCUGAACAACAGCAGAAAGGUGGAAGCAACCGAAGCAUCCAUCUACAGAUAACUGGAUAAACAAAACAUGAUUCAUUUAUAUAAUGGGAUCUUAUUCAACUUUAAAGAGGAAAGAAAUUCUGACAACAGCGCUACAACCUGGAUGAACCUUGAGGACGUUAUGCUGAGUGAAAUUUGAGGAAAUUGAAGUGCACUGCCUGGCACCCACUUUACUUCUGAAACAAUACAUGUGGUAACAGUAUUAAGUGCUCACUAUUUUGCAAACAUUGUUCAAGAACCCUAGGAAAGACAGUACAGAAUAAAUAGAAGGCAAAGUCUUUUAGUCCAAGAACUUAAAGCCCGUCAGUGUUGGGAACAUGCAAUUUGUGUGUGCAAUGGUGCAGGAGUCUGGUCAUGUUCAUCUCUGGGGUGCAGAGCUGCCUCUGAAGACUUGGCAAGACCUACCCAACAGUCGUUCACUGAGCAGAGACUGAGGAGCCUCCUGGGAUUGGGCUCAUCCUCAGGAAAAGCGGAGCCAGUCCCAAGCUUGAACCAGUGACAAGUCCUUGGAUGUCGGAGAGAAGUAGAACGUUGAG